ACCUCUCUAUCUUCUUCCAAAUUGCAUAUCGCAUUUCUUGUGGAAUCUCAAUCUCUUUCUUGAGAGAGAAUGUUCCAACCAAAGAAGCCCUCAACUAUGAAUUCCCACGACAGAAACAUGUGUGUUCAACCCGAUUCCGGUCUCGUCCUCACCACGGACCCCAAGCCCCGCCUGCGUUGGACCGUCGAGCUCCACAAUCGUUUCGUCGACGCCGUUACUAAGCUCGGAGGACCUGAAAAGUCCACUCCCAAAACAAUCAUGAGACUUAUGGGUGUGAAGGGUCUUACACUUUACCACCUCAAGAGCCAUCUCCAGAAAUUCAGGCUUGGAAAGCAACCUCUCAAGGAAUUCAAUGAUCACUCCAUAAAAGAUGAUCUUCAAAGAAAUUCUGCAUCUUCAUCUGGCAUGAUGGCUCGUACCAUGAACCAGAUGCAAAUGGCGGUGCAGAGAAGACUUCAUGAGCAACUGGAGGUUAAAAUGCAUCUUCAAUUUAGGGUUGAGGCUCAAGGCAAGUAUAUGCAGUCCAUAUUGGAAAAGGCUUGCCAAACCCUAGCUGGUGAAACCGUGGCUGCACCCGGAGACUAUAAGGGUACUAUUGUGGGAGCGAUGAAAGAUUUCAACUUCCCACCAUUUCAAGACCUGAAUAUAUACGGAGGCCAUCAGCUUGAUCUUCUACACAACAUGGAUAGCCAUUUCACGCCGAAUAGUGACGACAUUUGCCUCGGAAAGAAGAGGCAUAGCCCUUAUAGCGGUAGCGGGAAGAGUCCUUUGAUUUGGUCCGAUGAGCUCCUCCGACUGCAAGACUUGGGAACACCUCCAUCAUCAUAUCUAGAGCCUCAAGAUGACCCUUUUAAAGCUGAAAUCAUUCAAAUUGGACCACCUAAUUAUAUUCAUACAAGUGCUGAUAUUUACGACUCGAAGCCAGUGCUUUCCGGCGAUGGCAUAGGAGGUGAAAAGAAAUUCGAUGGGUCGCCGAUGCCGGAAAGACCAUUGCCGAAAAGAGCACCGUUUUAGACGGACAGGAUGAACCAUAGUGUGGCACAAGGGAGGAAUUCACCGUUUGGAUAAUCAUUUGUAAAAAAGAAAGAUUUAUCAGACCUUAUUUGACAAUUAAUUAUGCUCCGUUGAGUUUGAUAUUUCACUAGGGUUAUGGUAAAUUGUGGUCACGA